UAAACACGAGUAUCUCACGCUUAGCUGUCAGUUGCAGUCUUCUCUUCCCCUACCUGUCAUUUAUAACUAGUUUCCGUCUCAUUCUUUGCUAUAACAAACAGACAUGAAGAAGUUCUUUGAGGACAUUAAGAAAGACAUGAAGUUCAAGUCAGCUGGACCAGGGAAGAAACUAACGGACGAUGACAGCUCUAAGGCUCCCGUGGCGCGAAGCAGCGCCCCUGCCAAGCCCCGCCAUGCCCCCACAGACGGAGCGCAGAAAGCCGGGGCGGCAGCCUUGGCCAGGGUCGAGCAGCAGCAUCGUCCUCGCCUACAGACGUCGCAGGAUUCCAUUCGCCUUCAGGUGAAGAAGGAGCUUGAGGCAGAAGCUUCAGCAUUAGCGUCUGAUCAGAAGCUGGCUACAGAGGGCUCCAAGGUGCCAGUUAAGGACCCGACCGCUUUCUCAGUUCCGGGAGUGUACUUCACAUGUCCUCUCACGGGCGCCACCUUAACAAAGAGCGACAGGGAUGUGCAUAUAAAAGAAGCCAUUCUUAUGUGUUUUGAAGAGGAUCCGGUAGAAGCCUCCAUCAUGAUGAUUCACACCUUCAACAAGGACCGAGAGAAAGUCAAGGCUGCUGUGGACAUAAUCAGCAAGUACUUGGACAAUGUCUAUAAGAACCCCACAGAGGAGAAGUACAGGAAGAUCAAAGUCAGAAAUAAGGUCUUUCAGGAAAAAGUGAACUCUGUGGACGGCUCUCGAGAGUUCCUGCAGGCCCUGGGGUUCGAGAGCACCGCCCUGCCUGUGGAGGGACGGGAGGACCCAGAGGACCCAGAGGAGUUCCUGGUGCUGGCCGAGCAGGACCCCGAGCAGCUGGAGCAGCUGAAGGAGAGGCAGGGCAGGCUGCUGAGCGGAGAGCCAAUCAGGGCUAAGCUGGACAGACGGACACAGGCCUUCCGCCCCUCCCCUAAAGCCACAUGCUUUGAGCUGCCCCCCGACUUCUACAACCGCACAGCGGAGGAACUGAAGAGGGAGCAGCAGCUCAGGACGGAGGGGGUGGAGAGGAGUGCGAUGCUGAGGACGAAAGCUAUGCGUGAGCGGGACGAGCAGAAAGAGAGGAAGAAGUACAACUACACCCUGCUGAGAGUCCGACUGCCUGAGGGAACACUACUGCAGGGCACGUUCCUGGCACGGGAGAGGGUGUCGGCGUUGUACCAGUUUGUGCGGGAGGCCCUGGCAGACGACUGGCAGCCCUUUGAGCUGGUGGCUCCGGGGGGGCAGAAACUGAAGGAGGACGAGGAGGUGGCGCUGAACGAGUGCGGCCUGGUGCCGAUGGCUGUCGUCACCUUCUCCUGGGACGCUGCGGUUCAGGCUGACAUUGCCGCUGCCGGGGGACAGAGGCCCCAGCUGCUGAAGCCGGAACUGCAGGAGAGCAUCAAGACCCUGAGCUGAGCAGCCUGCACCUGCGCCCUUCCCCUCCCCACGCCUCUCCUCCUCUCUUCUCCCCCCCCCCUUUCUCCCCACCCCCUUCACCCCUCAGCUCAGAAACGCAGGCAGAGGAGAGUGGCGCUGCGCUGUGAAUGGCUGGAGCAGUUUGUGAACUUUGACCCCUGUGUGGCCGCAGGGUGGGGUGUUCUGGUUCAGUCCAGGACUCUCAUCAGCACGGUGAAUGCAGGACUUCAGCUCUGCCCAGUUAACACCUCACAGGCGUCUCGCACGGCCCAGAUCAGGGCGACACAGCUACAGAAAAACACUACACUACCGCUAUGCCAGCUCUGCUGCCUCUGUAAGAAAGGAGACUGAUUGGAGAAAAGUGGGGUUGGGUGUGUGGGAGGGAUUGUGGGUAAUGCACAUUUGUGUGGUUGUAUACGUGUUCUAUUUCUCAGAGCGAUGCACAAACACAACCCCCCCUCCUACAGUAUGUGACCUGCUUGUUGGCUGGGUUGAAUUUAUAGCUUGUAUACUGAGCAUGAGGAGCUAACAGGGGGAAUUUGCCAGUUAAGUUACCUUUUUAUUUAACGCAUCGCUAAAUAUUAUAUUAAUGUAUUACCCAUUUAGCACUUUUGGCUCUCCUGCACUGCUGCUGGGGUAAGCGGUUAACCACAGCUUACUAACUCCCAGCUAACAAACACACAGCUAACCAAUGCUUCACACAGCUAACCAACACACUACUAACCAAUGCUUCACACAGCUAACCAACACACUACUAACCAAUGCUUCACACUGCUAGCCAGCAGUUCAUACAGCUAACCACUGGUUCACACAGCUAGCCGACAGUUCAUACAGCUAACCGACAGUUCAUACAGCUAACCACUGGUUCACACAGCUAGCCGACAGUUCAUACAGCUAACCGACAGUUCAUACAGCUAACCGACAGUUCAUACAGCUAGCCAACGGUUCACACAGAUAACUGACAGUUCACACAGCUAGCCGGCAGUUCACACAGCUAGCUGACAGUUCACACAGCUGAUCAAUGGAUCACACAGCUAGCCGACAGCUCACACAGCUAGCCGGCAGUUCACACAGCUAGCCGACAGUUGACACAGCUAGCCGACAGUUGACACAGCUAGCCGACAGUUGACACAGCUAGCCGACAGUUGACACAGCUAGCCGACAGUUGACACAGCUAGCCGACAGUUCACACAGCUGAUCAAUGGUUCACACCGCUAGCCAACAGUUCUACAAAGCCAAAGUUAAAAAAAAAUUUUUACUCAUCAAUAUGACUUCAGUAGAUGCUUUCUUCAACAUCCUUGUAAAUCAUAUGUUUUAGGUUGUGCUCAAAGACUCAAAGACGAAUUGGAACAAAUUUACUUGAGAUUAAAUUUUACAUUUUCCAUCUUCACAUUUUUGACCUUUUUUCAAUACCGACAUGGAAUCUGUUAAUUUAUAAAUAUAAGGAAAGACAUGUAGAUCUGGCUUAGUCUAACCUAUGGAAGUACAUACCCAGAGCACACAAGCACUGAGGCAGUAUUUGUGUAGUGGUGACAGAUGAUUGGUGGAGCUGUGGAACAGAGGAAUGCCCCGUUGAACUAAAGUCAGAACAAUAACCUACCUCCUCAUUGGACAGUAUAACAUGCCCAGCACAGUGCAGGGCCAAUCGGAGAAGAGUUUCCACCCUUUCAAACCAACAUUUUACAUUAAAGCAGUUGAUUACACAGCUAACUGUGACCUGGGGCCUGUUCCACAAAGCAGGGUUACUGGAUAACUGCACAGAGUAAUAAAGCUAUUUUUACUUCAGUCCAUGCUCCAGAUUUGGGCAGGGUCUGGGUUUUACUCAGUUUUCCGGCCAACGCAGUAAUCCUGCUUUGUGGUACAGGCCCCAGGUCAAAGGUCAAUGGUCAAAGGGUUGCCUCAGUGGCCAAUGGUCAUAACUUUAUUUCCGCCACACAUUUCUGUAAUGAAAAGGACCGCUCCUCAGACUGCACUGUCCACCAUUUUCAUUUGUAAGAGUUGGAAUCUGUACUUGAGUUUGGAGUAGGUUAAGAUGCAAAGAUGUGCAUUAAUUUCAGCUAAAUUUUUUAAAUUUCUGUCGUUUAGACAAUAACUGCUUUGUCUAGAGGUACUGUAUGAUGUUCUGUUAUUUCUGUUUUGUGGUUGUUGUCCAUAGCUUUUUAACCAGAUGAUGUAAUAAAGAGAAUGCAUAUAAACAAA